AUGACGCGACUGACCGGUCUGGUCAGCGGCAAGAUCGAGUCGAACGACGUGGUGGUGUGGGCCAAGAGCUGGUGUCCGUACUGCGACAAGGUCAAGGCCCUGUUCCAGACGAUGGAGGUGACGCACCUCGCGGUCGACCUGGACAAGUUCAACGAGGAGAAGGCGCUGGUCAAGGUGCUGACGGAGAUGACCGGGCAGCGGACGGUGCCCAACGUGUUCAUCGGGGGUGCGCACGUGGGCGGGUGCGACGACACGAUGGCGCUGAAGGAGAGCGGGGAGCUGCAGCGCAUGCUCAAGGACCUCGGCGUGUCCUUCAAGGACGACGCGUAG